UACGCUGUCAAACUGAGGUUUUUUUCUCUCUUUUUCCGAAGUUGGUGCUUAAAAGCAGGAAUGCAAAUCCGCUGGGGAUUAUUGAGCGGACACGCACUCAUCACGACACAUGGUAGAAGGAAACCUCUUCCAGGUCUGCCAAAGGGUAUAUGAUUUGGUGCGCAAUAGUUGGAGCGGCGGAGCAAACGGUCUCACUCGUUAUCUUAACAUUCAAUACUGUUAGAGGCUACUCUGAGUUUGAAUUUACCAUCGCAUUUAAUAUUGGUUAUUUACGUGAAACUGACCUUACCUACACGUGUGACACAUUUAAAAGGUAUAUUUUUAUUUGUUGAAGGAGUUAAAGCAGGUACAACAAACCGCGUUCAAGAAUAAAGCGCAGUUGGGAUGGAUCGCCUUUUUUGUGCUACAUUCUUGCCUUUUGCAUUCUGCGUUUUUUGGGGGAAUUCUGCCGUGAGUGCUUUGACAACGCGGAUGGACGUGGACCGUACGGGGGAGGAGUGUCCAGAAAACAAGAUUGUGACAAUCGAGUACACAUGUCUCAAAGCAGGUGGACAAAAUAGCACCUGUCUCAGGAGGAAGUGCUGUGAGGGGUACAGGUUUGUGAUGGGGCAUUGCAUACCAGAAAGUGUGGAUGUCUGUGCGGGCUCCCCCUGUGAGCAGCAGUGCACUGAUAACUUUGGGCGGGUUGUCUGCACCUGCUACCCCGGGUUCCGCUUCGACAGGGAGCGCCAUCGCAGCCACCAGCACCCGUACUGCCUGGAUGUGGAUGAGUGUGAGGAGUCAAAUGGUACUGUGUGCGACCAGCACUGUGAGAACACGGCGGGCAGCUUCCUCUGCCGCUGCAGCAGCGGCUACAGCCUGGCUCCAGACCAGCGGUCCUGUCUGCCCAGUCACAACCUGAGCUCCUCGGGGAAGUCGGACACGCUGAUGAGCGCGGGGUCGUGCUCCCUGACCUGCCAGGACUUUGUCAGCAUGAAGAACAGUCUGCUGCAGCUCAAACUGAGGCUGGGCAGCACCCAGCCCACCAGCCAGGUUCUGUCUCCUGGCCUGGCCAACAGUAGUGACAAGCCCUCGCAGGGGUGGGGAGGAAAAGGUUCAGUCUCCCCUGCUCCUCCUGGCCCACCUGGUUCUCCGGGACCACCUGGGGCUCCAGGACUGCGUGGAGAGCCGGGUGAGCAGGGAGAGCCCGGACCCAGGGGCCUGUCGGGCCUCCAGGGGCCUCGAGGAGAUAUGGGUCCCAUGGGGCCUGAGCCAGACCUUAACCACAUUAAAAGAGGCCGCAGGGGCCCCGUGGGACCACCAGGUGCUCCAGGAAGAGAUGGCCAGAAGGGGGACAGAGGUGCUCCUGGACCAAGAGGACCAGCGGGACCCCCUGGCUCCUUUGACUUCCUAUUGCUGAUGAUGGCAGACAUUCGAAAUGACAUCAUCGAGCUACAGGAGCAGGUGUUCGGGCAGAGGCGUGGCAUCUCCCUGGAUGCCCCACCCCAUUCCAGUGGAGAGACGGGACUUGGGGAAUGGGGGUCAGGGCAAGAGGAGCACAUGUUUAAUACCUGACCAUGGGACCUCCAGAGACAGUGCCCUGCAGUGGAAAAUUUUAGACUGAGCAACUUGCACACAAACAGAAGCCCAAAGUGGACUGCUCUCCUCCUGUUAUGUGUUUGUCUUUAAAGUCAGAAUCAGGUCUCAAACUUAUCCUCCUGGUGACAUUCUGCCAGAUAUUGACACCUCUGGCAUUUUUCCAUCCUCUCAAGUAACAGAGACAAAGACUGUCGAGAGAGAAACUGGAUUUCUCACUGCUCAUGCCAAAUGUUACUGCCUUGUUACUCCUCUCUUCAGCUCCAGAGGAAGGUACUAAAGACUGCCCCUCCUUCGAGCUUGAAUCACUUACACCACCGCCUGCGUCUUUCUUAGCACAGUUUCAGAGGCGUGGACCUCUCCUACACGUUAAUGCCCAUGUCCUGGUACACUGCGUACUGAGCCAGAGCCUCCUACAGUGCCUUUUCAUAAAGCUCCUUUACUGUACCUCCUCCAAAAAACAUAUAUGCACAUUAUUAAUAUUGCUGAAACAUUUUGGGAACACUUUCUUUGAAUAGUCUUAGAUGGAAACGGUCAUAGAAACGGUUUUAUAGUUUCUUAAGGACUACACGAUCAAUGAUAAAUACCUAUAUUAACAACCAUAACAAUUCAUGAGGUGUGUUUUGUCACCAACGAUCUAUAUAUGCCGCUUUGCAUUUGACAUAUUUAUGAAUGUCUGUAUAGUGCUCAUCAAGGUUCAGUGUUGUGCUUAUGAAAAUGUUAUAUUGCUUUUAUGAAGGACUGUUCAUAGAAAAUGUUUCUUAAAUUUUACACAGCGGUUUCAAGAAGACACAAACAGUACAUGUGUGCACUAAAUGAAAGAGUUUUGAGAAUAGUGGCAUCAGCUAAGAGGGAUAAACAAGCCUGAGUUGAUGGAGGACCCUUGAAAAUUGUUUUUUUUCCCCCUGAAACUCAUAUUUUUUAAAUAUUCUGAUGAAUGGUUCCCUAUCUUCUGUAAUUGUGUCAGAAAUCUUUGCUGCCCUGAAAGCCAUGUCUGGACAUGAAGCACAGACUGCUGUCUCCAUGUUGACACUGCAGUGGAUGGGCUUUGUUAGCUUGCUUUGCAGCACUAUGAUUUAGACACAAGAAUACUUUGGGUGUGAGUGCGCAUGCGUGCAUGUGUGUGUUCCUUGGUGUUUGUGCAACUGUGUGAGCGCGUGCGUAUGUGUGGGCUUAAAGGCUUGCAUCAGCCCAGCAUUAAUAUUAACCAGGUCAAGAUGUUCACGGACCAUACUGCCAGCAAGCAUCUACUAAUCAGAAAUAAUAUGUGUCGUUAAAUUAUAAAUGCCAAGAAUGUAAAUAGUUAUAAGCAGUGAAUAAAAUGAAGGAAUCGCACAAACAAA